UUUAUCUGGGUUGGGCACAGCUUGACCACCCUUCCACUUGUAUGUCCCUAUAUCCUCACCUCUCCUUCCCUAUCUUUUUCCUCCUUACUGGCCUUGAGGUAGCUUGUAUAAAAGGCAUCAGGAGAGCAGGAAAAACCCCAUUGCCGCAAACUUCUAGGCAACCCUACACUCUCACAGCGAGGUCUCCUGUCUCGAGGAACGACUCCAGCUUAAUCUUCUCCACCAUGAGCCGCAGACUUAAGGCCACCUCCUCCUGUCCCGGCACCAGCCCCCUCCGGGUCCUACAGGGGCUGAUCCUGCUAUCCCUGCUCCUGAUGCUGGUUCCCUGGACUGCUGGAAAAACUCCCAGUGUGGACAAGAAGCGGUUCGUUGAACUUCGCUGCAUGUGCUUGAAUACCGUCUCUGGCAUUCAUCCAAGUAACAUCCAAAGUUUAGAGGUGCUCAGAGCAGGACCCCAUUGUGCCAACGUCGAAGUGAUAGCCACACUGAGGAAUGGGAAGGAAAUAUGCUUGGACCCAGAAGCUCCCAAAAUCAAGAAAAUAGUCCAGAAAAUUUUGGAAAGCAGUGUGUCAACAGCUUAAUCUGCUCACUUUCUGUCAAACCUCUUUAUCUCCCAAGAACAGUAAGAGUUUGAAGGCUUGACUUCCUGGAGUUCUUAUUUAUCCAAAAUACCUCUUCAUACUGUAUUAAAUUUUGGAUGUGUUUUCCAUUCUGCCCCCAAAAGUCAUGACAUUCUGAGAAGACUGGUUAAUAGAUGACAGAGAGAAGGUGACAAUAAGCAAACUUACUUUCAACAUAUAAUGUGGGGCUUGUUCUCUAAUUCUUGGUUAAAUGUGGCACUCUGUUUUGCAUCCCUUUAUCUAAAAUUUUCUCUUCAAAUACUUAUAUGUGCAUUAAACCUAUCUUGCUCUACCUUACUGUUAGACUAGCUAUGCUCAUGAUGAUUAAUAGAUUUCAGAAUGGUUGAUGAUUUUCGGAAUCACACAGAUCCCAGAAAGGAGCACUUGCUCAAGAAAUGUUUGUUAAUUUAUUUAGGCACUUAAUAGAGUUUUUCAAUGUCUUAGUCUUAGGAUGUCUUGUUUCAAAGCAUUUUCUGAAAGAUUUUUCUAAUGUUUAUUUUAGGCUUCAAACUGUAAAAAU